AUGGCCUCCGGAGCGGGUGGAGGGGACUGCGAGAAGGGUCUGCAGAGGAAAAGGUUUAAGAGAUCACAGGCGCACGGUGUGGGCGCGGAGAAAACAGCAGUCAGCCUCACUCCCCUUCUCACCCAAAUCAUCCAAGUUCUCACCCAUCCUGAAGUUUUCAGGCUCAGGACGAACAAAGGAAAGGUAGACGCCGUGCCUCACCUCCCCAGACACAGCCCUGCUGCUCGCUCAGACCUCAGCCACAUCGGGGAAGGCAGCAGGUGUCUCUCUUCUUCGUCGCUCCCAUCAAAACAGGAGACUCGCCUGACCUCCGGCUCCCACCUGGGCAUUGUGGAGGUGGGAGGGCCACCUGCCGGCUGCCAUUCUGGGGCCCUGCUGCACGUGGGAGGCUGUUCGGGGCUGGGGCACCCCGAGGGGGUUUCGCCAGCCUGGAGGCAGCCAUGCAGUAUCCUUGUCGCUGAGGAGCCCAGCCAGCUGGGGCCCUCACGGGGCCAAACAAUGACCACGUCAGAGGACCAGAGCCCGGCCCAGCCUGGAGGGACGAACGAGCAGAGGGUGAUGUUGGACUCAGUGACACACAGUACCUUCCUGCCCAACACGUCCUUCUGCGACCCCCUGAUGUCGUGGACUGACCUAUUCAGCAAUGAAGAGUAUUACCCUGCCUUUGAGCAUCAGACAGCUUGCGACUCCUACUGGACGUCCGUCCACCCCGAGUACUGGACGAAGCGCCACGUCUGGGAAUGGCUCCAGUUCUGCUGCGACCAGUACAAGCUGGACGCCAACUGCAUCUCUUUCUGCCAUUUCAACAUCAGUGGCCUACAGCUGUGUGGCAUGACACAGGAGGAGUUCAUGGAGGCUGCCGGCGUCUGCGGGGAGUAUCUAUACUUUAUCCUCCAGAGCAUCCGCUCACAAGGUUACUCCUUUUUUAAUGAUCCUGAUGAGACCAAGGCCACCCUCAAAGACUAUGCUGAUUCCAGUUGCUUGAAAACAGGUGGCAUCAAAAGUCAAGACUGUCACAGUCAUAGUCGAACAAGCCUCCAGAGUUCUCAUCUAUGGGAAUUUGUGCGAGAUCUGCUUCUAUCUCCUGAGGAAAACUGUGGCAUUCUGGAAUGGGAAGAUAGGGAACAAGGUAUUUUUCGGGUGGUUAAAUCAGAAGCCCUGGCGAAGAUGUGGGGACAAAGGAAGAAAAAUGACAGAAUGACAUAUGAAAAGCUGAGCAGAGCUCUGAGGUACUACUAUAAAACUGGAAUUUUGGAACGGGUUGACCGAAGAUUAGUGUACAAAUUUGGAAAAAACGCACAUGGGUGGCAGGAAGACAAGCUAUGA